AUGCGGCAGCACAAAGCCCAGUUCAGCAACUGCGUCGAGCAGCCCAGCGGAUCAGGCAACUUCAUCCUACCACUGCGCAAGAAGCUGCUAUACGCGAUGCCAGGCCUCGGGUACUACAUGAUCCGUUACCUGCGGACGACUCAGAUGAAGAAAUUCUAUGCAGGCCACUGCGCAACACCCUCGAACACCGCAAUUUCAGCCCCUCAGCCCCUCAGCCCCUCCGCAGAUUGGCUCGGCGUACCUCUUUGGUGGAUCGCCUUUGUCGUCGCGCUGGCGGUGUCUCUCGACGCGCUUACCGACCCGCUGAUUGGUUACCUGAGCGACUCGAGUCGUUGCACGAUACGCGGCAAGCCGAUGCGGCGCAGGCCAUUCAUAGCAGUCGGAUCGCUACUGCUCUGCUGCCUUUACCUACUGCUCUGGUCGCCGUGCCUGUUUUUUGGCAGCGAGUGCGGAGUCCGGACUCCGCACAUCUGCGACUCCGCCGCCCCAAUUUCUGGGCCGGCUCCUCACUACUUUCUGGUCCUCUACGUUCUCUACUUCUGCUCACUGGGUCUCACGCUCAUCCCGUACGAGGCGCUUGGGGCUGAGCUCACUCCGGGCCAUCGCGACAGGUCCAACCUCAUGGCGACCUAUUUUGCAGCGACUGUGAUUGGCAUUCUGUUGGCCAUUGUUGCCCCUAUGCUGGUGAACAAGGACUCAGGCCUGCUCGUAUUUGCAUCAAUAGCGUGCGCAAUCUUUGGAGGCGGCGCUUGGGGAGUCGCUUGCACCAUGGAGGAAAGAGCGCCGGAGCACGGCAAUCCGCCGCCCGUGCCAUCGAUGCUGAACUGCUUGCGCAAUCCGGUGUUUCGCGCGCUGCUCUUGAACCGCCUGAUCGAAUCAGUCGGCAUGGAAACGCAAUUCACGGUCCUGCCAUUCGUGGUGUCUUACGUGAUUGAUCCGGAAUACGAGCGUGACGGCACCCCAGUUGUGGAUGGUAUGGAUGAAGACACCGUGUUUACGCUCCUUGGUGGCGGCUUGCUGCUCUUCCAGCUGCUUUCGAUCCCUCUGUGGCUCAAGCUUACCCAUUGGAAGGGGAAGUACAUGGCCUACCUCGUCUGGAACGUAGUCCAAGUCGUUAGUAUCGCGUUGAAGAUCUUUGUGACUCACCAUUCAAUAGUGGCGGGUGCCAUCUUCGCUGUGCUCUGGGGCAUCGGCGGCGGGGGCUCUGAGUUCCUCAUUCGAACGAUCUUGGCCGACGUGUACGAGCACGACCAGCUGAUCACGGGCGAGAGGCGCGAGGGCGAGUUUGGCGUCUACAUUGACUUCUUCGGGGAGAAGCUGCCGCAGAUCCCCGGUCAAGUAGUGCCUUUGAUGCUCAUGUCGUCCCUCGGCUAUGUCGCCAACCAGCAUCCGCAGCCGGCGUCCGUUGUGUGGCUGCUGAGGCUAUGCUUUUCGAUCAUCCCCGCCGCUACGGGACUGCUCGCCGUCCCCAUUCUGCUAUUUCUGUACCCAGCGGCCGCCAAGGAUGAUAAGAAAUUCCUCGACGAGGUGCAAGCCGGCCUCGCGCGCCAUCGAAAGGGCCUAGCCGCAGUCGACCCGGUGACGGGUAAAGUGUUGUUGCCGCCAGCGCAGCUCCAGGCCGCAGUUGACCCGCACGCUGUGCUCAAGGGAAAGAGUGGCAGCGUCGGCGUCGGUGGCGGCGACGGCGAGCAAGCGCGCAUGCGAGGUCAGCGCGCGUGCGAGGCCUUCGACCACUUUGCUUUGUAUGAGCUGCGUGCGGCGAUCAACAGGGGCGAGAAGAAGGUGCUUGUCUUCAUCACCGCGGUCCACACAGCAUUGACAUUCCUCGCAAUCUGUGCGCUCGUGGUAUGGGCAGCCUUUGACUGGAAGCUCAACAUCACAGGCAGCAUGGCUGCCGCUCCAGCCUGCAGCGCAACGUCGCAGCCCGGCGUGCUCGAUUCGGGAGGCUGCAGUGCGGGUUUUUACGGCGUGGCAUGCGCGCUCGCGUGCCCGGGACUCGAACUGGUGGGGACGGAACCUUCCGAGUAUGCUGGGCUGCCGUGCAGUGGGUUUGGCUCGUGCGAUGCUAGUGGCGUUGCCGAAGCUGGGCUGACCGCUAUCUGCGAGUGCGACGAGGGCUACGCUGGGCCGGACUGCUCCGAACCAGCAUCACCGGCGGAGGAGCCGCUCGCCUUCCUUCCGAUCAUCGUGGCCUUACUCGGGUUCUUCACCUUCCUCUUCUUCAUAUCGGUCUUGCGCCUGCGCGAGGCUGUCCGAAUCCAAAGCGCCGGGCAGUUUGUGGUUGGGGGGCGAGACGUGACGCUUGAGACCAUCGCUGUGCGCGUCUCGCAGCUCACCGACGUGUCGCCCAUCGAGACCAAUAUUCGCGCCUCGACCUACGAAGGGGAAGCGACUCGCGGCAGCGUGAGGUGGAUUUGA